AUGAUUAAAAGGAACGGUGAUAAUGUAUUUGCGAUCGCGUCGAGUAACAAUCAGUGUCAAGGCGGUCGGAGCGCCGUCUCGCUCUGUCCCGGCAGCGGUGGCGGCGGCGCGGCCACGAGGAUCCCGCGCGCCACUGCCGCCAGGAUGACGCCGCCCGACGCGCAACAACACACCAAGGAGGCUAACAUCGCGAUCUCAACAUAUGUUGAAAAGUGGAAAAACAGAUACGAGGAGGCCGAGCGAAAACACAAAGCAUAUUUACUUAAAACCGAAAAAGCUAAACGCGAGUACGAUGACUUGCAAAGGCGACACAACAUACUGUUUGAAGAGCGACAGCAUCUGGAGGCGGAGCUCAGGGAGCGGUCCAGGGAGCUCAGCAAACUCAAGAAUGUGUCGGAGAAGCUGUUCAAUGAGUACCAGCAGCUCAAGAACCAGAGAGAUGUGGACGCUGGUGUUAUGCACAAGGUGAUGCAGCAAGCAGGCGAGUGGUACAAGGAGAACAAACAACUGAAGCGGCGCAGCACCGCGCUCAUACAGGCACUGCCGCCGCGGGCCAUCGAGAUCGACUACACCGACGCCAUCGAUGCAGCUUCAGACACCAGCAGUAAUGAGGAAGUGGAGUUCCUGAAGAGUACAGUAGCGGAGCUGUCAGCGCAGGUGGCCGCCCUACAGACAGACCUGCAGACGGCCAAGCUGCAUGAGUUCGAGGCCCAUGAGGCCAAUGUCGCUAUUGGACAGGAGUUAGAAGCAGAGAAAGAGAAGUCAGCGGCGCAGGAGAAGGAGUUGCAGGAGCUACGCAUCCAACUGGAGAGACACAACCGAGUGUCCAAGCUACUCAUGGAGGAAGUCACCGGCCUGAAGAAUAAUGCUGACAAGGACCGGGAGAUGGCUGAGACAUACAGAACAGAAGCCCGCGCAGCGAAGAAGCGAGUGAAGCUACUGACACACCAGAGCAGUCUACUGAUGGGCUCCUUACUAGGGGGCGACCUACCGCCCGAUGAGAGACUGCAGAGACUGUUACACGAGGUGGACUGUCUCAAGGAUGCACUGGAAGACCAGGCACUUAGGCACAGGGACCAGCUCGAUGAAUUACAGUUGAAACUAGCAGAGAAACACGAGGACACAGACAUUUUACUAUGGGAGGAAAAGAUCCGUCUGGCUGAGGAGGACGCGCAGAAAGCUCUAGAAAGGGCCGAGGCUGCGGAGAGGAAACUGAAGGAACUUCAGCAGAGGAACGCCAGGCCACAGCCCAGGGAUAAGUUGAUGGCCAGGAUAUCUUACUUCGAGCAAGGGGGACAGAAGAAGAUGGAUGAGGUUAAAGAGGAAAUUGAAGCAGUUACUGCUCCAACAACAAGUGCAUCCCCACCGCAACCUGCAGAGCGCCCACCAUCCCCACCUCCACCGGCCGCUCCUUCCGUGUCCCCGCCCCCUCCCCCACCUGCACCAGUAGCCCCGCCCCCUCCCCCUCCCAUGGCGGCGCCCCCUCCCCCUCCCCCGCCGCCACCCCCUCCCCCUCCAGCGCCGAUGGCAUUCGAGUCGUCGGGCGCGGACGACAUGGCGCAGAUGUUGGCCAACAAAAGUGGCACACUCAGGAAGAGCAAGCAGAAUGGCGCCGACUGUGGUGGUGCAAUAGAUGCAAUAGUAGAUCAGAUCAAGGGAGGUAAGUUCCACCUGAAGUCCACCGACCAGAAGUUCACAGAGAAGAAGGCCAAGGAGGAACAGCCCGAGGCAGUGAAGGAGAUGCUCGCCAUACUCGGCACUCUGCGCAAGAGGAGGACUACUGCUAGACCUGGGUUUGUGGAACCCGACGUCUGA